AUGGAAGAAAGGAAGAACAGGAGGGCACGGGACACCUCCACCGUUUCCACAGACAGCGAAGGCCCGACCCUACGCCCCGGCGUGCCCGACCCCACGCCCGGCGUGCCCGACCCUACGCCCGGCGUGCCCGACCCCACGCCCGGCGUGCCCGACCCUACGCCCGACGUGCCCGACCCUACGCCCGACGUGCCCGACCCUACGCCCGGCGUGCCCGACCCCACGCCCCGGCGUGCCCGACCCUACGCCCGGCGUGCCCGACCCCACGCCCGGCGUGCCCGACCCUACGCCCGACGUGCCCGACCCUACGCCCGACGUGCCCGACCCUACGCCCGGCGUGCCCGACCCUACGCCCGGCGUGCCCGACCCCACGCCCCGGCGUGCCCGACCCUACGCCCGACGUGCCCGACCCUACGCCCGGCGUGCCCGACCCCACGCCCCGGCGUGCCCGACCCCACGCCCCGGCGUGCCCGACCCUACGCCCGGCGUGCCCGACCCCACGCCCCGGCGUGCCCGACCCUACGCCCGACGUGCCCGACCCCACGCCCCGGCGUGCCCGACCCUACGCCCGGCGUGCCCGACCCCACGCCCCGGCGUGCCCGACCCUACGCCCGGCGUGCCCGACCCCACGCCCCGGCGUGCCCGACCCCACGCCCGGCGUACCCGACCCUACGCCCGGCGUGCCCGACCCCACGCCCGGCGUACCCGACCCUACGCCCGGCGUGCCCGACCCCACGCCCCGGCGUGCCCGACCCUACGCCCGGCGUGCCCGACCCUGGUGAGAGGCAGAAAAGGUCAGAGAGCCGGGCUGCACACCCCUCACCACCUCCUCCCAACAGCGGGCGAUCACGUUCAUGCCUAGGAUCGCAUUAUCCCACCCCAGGCAUUGAUCUCGGACGACGAUCACCCCCUUCCCCGGGAUCAUCACGCCCCCAAACAACAAAAUCCAUGAGGGCAUAG